UGCUAUAAGUAAUUUUAGUCGAGUCCCAAAAAAAUAAAAAUAAAAGUACUAGCCUGCUAGCCUAUCUCAAAAUAUAUUUGUCCCCCAAAAUAUAUUUCAGGGUCGGCCAAAUUAUUGUUGCUUUUACUUCUUAUUUAAGCUACUACCCCAGUGCCACGUUGUAAAUCGAUCUACCAACUUCCAUUUAAUUUGGUUCUUAAUUCGGUGCUUCGGUAGUUGGAUGCGCACGCACGAUAUUUUGCUACCAAACAGUCCACGGUUGUUGGCAUGACAAACUGACAAUCCACAUAUCUACUCUAUUGUUCUUUAGUAUCUAGGAUUUCCAAGAUCAUAUCCACAUACCAAUGCCGGCCAACAAUUCCAGAAGUUAGUCUGUGAAUGGGACCGUGAUGCUUUUUGAGGUACUCUUAACCAAGCGGGUACAGGAGCGAGAGUAAGUACAAGAGGAGAUCACGAAGGUUACAAAAUCUAAAAUGUGAUCGAGAGCAUGUGCAGAGUGAGAGCGCAAGAACACAUGUAAAGCAUGAGAACAAUUUUCGGACAGAAAAAUGGUAUAACGUGGACUUACCUACUUUACCAUUUUAAAAUAUUAGAACUAACCGAACCAUUGAAACUUGAGUAACGGGUCUGCCCAUUUAAGCCCCUCUUUCCUUAGUUUGCCAAUAAAAUAAAACAUUGAAAUUUGUCAUAAACAAAGAAAAAACAUAGAUCCGCUAAUUAACAAUCAAACCCACAAUGAUAUUAACAGAGACUGAGGGACAAUGCUUGACUUCUCUCAGCUAAUAUUCAUUUUAUAUAUAUCUGUAAAGUGAACUAAGGUAUGGACCAAAAAGUAAAAUGUAUUCCACAACCUCAUGUUUACUUAUCUUAUUGGUUCUUAGUGGUACUGCUAUUUCCAAGUCCAUCAUCAAGACUCUGCCAGGCUACACAGGUGAUCUGCCUUUCAAUCUUGAAACUGGAUAUGUGAGUGUGGGAGAGUUGGACGAUGUGCAGCUAUUUUAUUAUUUCAUCGAGUCGGAGGGCAAUCCGAAGGAGGACCCUCUCAUGCUUUGGCUUACUGGAGGACCUGGUUGUUCUGGUUUUAGUGGCCUUGUUUAUGAAAUAGGUCCAUUAAAUUUCAACACACUAGAUUUUGAUGGAAAUUUUCCAACAUUUAUUUUGAACCCUUAUUCGUGGACAAAGGUCGCCAACAUAAUAUUUUUAGACGCACCCGUCGGCACUGGAUUUUCCUAUGCCAACAACACGGAAAGUUCCUCCAUCAUGGAUGAUAAAAUUUCAGCAGCACAAACCUAUCAAUUUUUGAGAAAGUGGCUUAAUGAUCAUUCAGAGUUUACAUCAAAUGACUUCUAUGUCGGUGGUGAUUCAUAUUCUGGGAUCGUCGUCCCUAUCAUUGUUCAAGAAAUAUAUAAAGAAAAUGAAGUCAGACAAACGCGGAUAAUCAAGCUACAAGGGUACAUACUUGGAAACCCUCUAACCAGUGAACACAAUGACCCAAAUUCCAGAGUUGAAUUUGCUCACCGGGUGGCACUUAUAUCAGACCAACUCUUCAAGUCAGCCAAAACAAAUUGUGAUGGUGAGUACGUGAAUGUGGAUUCAAACAAUACAGAUUGUGUAAAGGAUAUUGAGAUUAUUACAGAGUGCAUUGCAAAAAUAAACCUACCACAAAUCUUGGAACCUACUUGUUCUUUAAAGUCCCCGAAUUCAACUGCUCAAAUAAAAUGGGACAGAAGAUUCGUCGGAGAGAAUCCAGCAAACUUUUUUCUUUUAUCUUCUCAACAAAACUCCAGACUAUGGUGCAGGGAGUAUAAUUACUUGUUCUCCUUCAUUUGGGCAAAUGACGAGACUGUCCAAGAGGCUCUUCACGUCCGUGAGGGAACAGUAAAAGAAUGGAUGAGAUGUAACUGGGGCUUGGCCUACACAGAAACAGUAUUAAGUAGUGUUGCUUAUCAUCAAUACCUCCUCUCAAAUACAAAUUAUCGAGCUCUAAUUUACAGUGGUGAUCACGACAUGCUUGUUCCAUAUGUGGGCACACAUGCAUGGAUUGAAGCUCUCAAUCUAACAAUCAGUGACGAUUGGAAACCAUGGUUCGUUGAUGGUCAAGUUGCAGGGUACUCAAUGGCAUAUUACUAUCAUGGAUACCAUUUGACGUAUGCCACCGUGAAGGGAGGGGGUCACACAGCUCCAGAGUACAAGCCCAAAGAGUGUCUUGCGAUGCUUCAGAGGUGGUUUGCUUAUUAUCCAUUCUACACUAUCGAAGGUCCUGUCCGGUGUAUCGAGACGGGUUCAAUUUUUGAUCUGAAUUAUAAUUACUUGUACUCCUACAUUUGGGCUAAUGAUAAAGAUGUCCAACAAGCUCUUAACGUUCGAGAGGGAACAAUAUCGGAGUGGUUGAGAUGCAAUAAGAGCAUCUCUUACACUUACACAUAUAACUACACUAAUGUUGUGGACUUCCAUCGAAACCUCACUAAUAAAGCUUGUCGAGUUCUAAUUUACAGUGGUGAUCACGACAUGGUUAUUCCAUACGUUGGUACACUAGACUGGAUAGAGUCUCUCACAUCGACGGUUGAUACUGAUUGGAAACCAUGGUUUGUCGAAGGUCAAGUGGCAGGAGGUGAACUAAGGUAUGGACCAAAAAGUAACAUGUAUUCCACAACCUCAUGUUUAGUUAUCAUAUUGGUUCUUAGUGGUACUGCUAUUUCCAAGUCCAUCAUCAAGACUCUACCAGGCUACACAGGUGAUCUGCCCUUCAAUCUUGAAACUGGAUAUGUGAGUGUGGGAGAGUUGGACGAUGUGCAGCUAUUUUACUAUUUCAUGGAGUCGGAGGGCAAUCCGAAGGAGGACCCUCUUAUGCUUUGGCUUAGUGGAGGACCUGGUUGUUCUGGUUUUAGUGCCCUUGUUUAUGAAAUAGGUCCAUUAAAUUUCAACACGCUAGAUUUCGAUGGAAAUUUUCCAACAUUUAUUUUGAACCCUUAUUCGUGGACAAAGGUGGCCAGCAUAAUAUUUUUAGACGCACCAGUUGGCACUGGAUUUUCCUAUGCCAACAUCACCGAAAGUUCCUCCAUCAUGGAUGAUAAAAUUUCAGCAGCCCAAACCUACGAGUUUUUGAGAAAGUGGCUUAAUGAUCAUUCAGAGUUUACAUCAAAUGACUUCUAUGUCAGUGGUGAUUCAUAUUCUGGCAUCGUCGUCCCGAUCAUUGUUCAAGAAAUAUAUAAAGGAAAUGAAGUCGGACGAACGCCGAUAAUCAAGCUACAAGGAUACAUACUUGGAAACCCUGUAACAAGUCAACAUGAUGAUGCAAAUUCCAGAGUUGAAUUUGCUCACCGGGUGGCACUUAUAUCAGACCAACUCUUCAAGUCAGCCAAAACAAAUUGUGAUGGUGAGUACAUGAAUGUGGAUCCAAACAAUACAAAGUGUGUAAAGGAUAUUGAGAUUAUCACAGAGUGCAUUGCAAAAAUAAACCUAGCACAAAUCUUGGAACCUAUCUGUUCUCUAAACUCCCCGAAUUCAACUACUCAAAUAAAAUGGAACAGAAGAUUGGUCGGAGAGAAUCCAACAGACUUUCUUCUUUUAUCUUCUCAACAAAACUCCAAACUAUGGUGCAGGGAUUAUAAUUACUUGCUCUCCUACAUUUGGGCAAAUAACGAGACUGUCCAAGAGGCUCUUCACGUCCGUGAGGGAACAGUAAAAGAAUGGAUGAAAUGUAACUGGGGCUUGGCCUACACAGAAACAGUAUUAAAUAGUGUUGCUUAUCAUCAAUACCUCAUCUCAAAUACAAAUUAUCGAGCUCUAAUUUACAGUGGUGAUCAUGACAUGAAAGUUCCAUAUGUGAGUACACAUGCAUGGAUUGAUGCUCUCAAUCUAACAAUCAAUGAUGAUUGGAAACCAUGGUUCGUUGAUGGUCAAGUUGCAGGGUACUCAAUGGCAUAUUACUAUUAUGGAUACCAUUUGACUUAUGCCACCGUGAAGGGAGGGGGUCACACAGCUCCAGAGUACAAGCCCAAAGAAUGUCUUGCGAUGCUUCGUAGGUGGUUUGCUUAUUACCCUUUCUAGUACUCAUCAAUUGCGACUCCGAAAUUAAAAUUUCCCUUAUGCUAUGUUUGGUUUUAUCAGCGAAACGAAUUCUUAGAAUUGAAGAACAAAAUUAAUUUCAAUUCUAAAGUACCAGCCAGUGCUCUUAAAUGCAACACUUACGUACGGCCCCAUUUGGCAUAGCUUUUACUUUUGCUUUUACGCUAAAGAAAAAAAGAAGUAGAGGCUAUCACUUCUGUUGGGCUUA